GAGGAAAACAGCUUUUCGAUUGCGGUACGUCUAAACGCGAGACUUAGCAGUGCUUGGUUUGGACAGCAACAUCCCUUUAAAGAGAGAAAAUGAGUUCAAGAAAGGUUACAGCAGGUAAGUUAUAAAACAUAGGGUAAAAUUCUAGCGUUGUAAUGUCAAAACUAAGGAUACAUGCUUUGUCUUUAACCGUAGUGUUUGAGAACUAUCAAAAACAAAGGACAACUUUCGUUGAGAGAGUCGCCGAACUCGCCAAUCAGGCGGAGAACAUCGAAACUCUGCAGAAUGUUGGUAAGUUAAACAUGCACUUCCCAGGACAUUAGGUAGUCUGGUACACGAAGAUCCCUCUUUUUCUGAUGGAUCUCCUAUCUUUAAUUCCAACAAAGUAAUCGACACAAGUUAGUCUGGUGUAAUUCUUCGAAAUUAUAGAUGACCCGAACCGUUUGUAUGGCUAUGCUUUUGAAGCAGAAGUAACGAUGAAAUUUACCAGCACUGUUAUUUAACUAACAUGUGACACGAACAUAUACCUUUCAAAAUAUGGCUAUACACACUAACACGUAAUAAAAGUUUGGUAUGUGAGAUUGUUAACUGGAAAAAAGACCAAUGCAUUUGCAUGUCUACUGAAUAUAAAAGAUACUGUAACAACGUAAUUAUACGGAUAAGGAGUGACAUUGUCGAAUCAUGAAUCUUACUUUCUCAGCAAGGGACUCAAUUUUCGAAUAAACAAAGAUCAUGUUCAGUUCCUGGUGUCAUUUGAAUUCUGUAGCACCCUGAUGCUCAAAAGUUUUUUUGUAAGAUCGUUCAACCACAUUUUUGAUGCAUGACUUUUAAUGCUCUGACUUUUAAUCUAACUAAGUAUAUUUUUCACAUUUUUCUUAAUCACUAAUACAAAAUGUUUGUUUGUGAAGGUGCGAUGGCUCUGUUAAGACCACUUCUCCUAGAUGUUGCCCCCAACAUUCAACAGACAGCAGCAUUAGCCCUUGGUAGACUGGCAAAUUACAAUGAAGACCUUGCUGAGGCUGUUGUGAAAGGAGACAUUCUACCACAGUUGGUGUAUUCUCUGGCAGAGCAAAAUGUAAUUUUCUUUGUUUACAUACAUGGUCAGCAAAAAUUUUUUCUGACAGUUGUAAAAUAAAAGAGAAAAAGAGUCACACACAUAUCUUUGGGCAAAUGUUGUAGGUUUAUUUAGUUUUUGUAUAGGAUCAUUUUGCCAUGUAAUUAUCAAAUCAUGUAUUGACUAUUAGUUUCCUUCAGUCAGGAUUACAGGAUAUUUACUUAGCCUCAUUCUUUCAAAGCAUAUUUAUAGGCCCUAACUCUGUUGCAAGCCAACUUAAAAUAAGACCUGGGUCAAUAUUUAGGGAUCUUGACCUUACUCCUAUGGUCAUCAAAUAUAUACCUAUAUAUUUAUAAUUUGCAUAAUAGAGAAUAAUCUUGCAGCAACUAGAUCCACUAGUUCUUCUGCUAUUGACUUGGAAACUUGUGGGAUAUGCUGCAGACAUUCUCACUGAUUAUAUAAUUUGUACAUUAGAGAAUGGCCAUUCAGCAAUUAGCUCUGCUAGUUCUUCUGCUGUUUGCUGGGGAACUUGGUGGACAUGCUGAAGACAUUCUAACUGAUUAUGUAAUUUGCACAUUAGAGAAUGGUCGAGCAGCAAUUAGCUCUGCAAGUUCUUCUGCUGUUAAUUGGGGAACUUGUUGGACAUGCUGAAGAGAUUCUAAGUGAUUAUAUGAUUUGCACAAGAGAGAAUUCAUGCAGCAGCUAACUCUACCAGUUCUUCUGCAAGGCAAAAUUUGCUGCAAGAUGAUUCUCUACUGUGCAAAUCAUAUAUAUUUGUAUAUAUUGAUUCAAUGAAAUGUGGAAAACUCAUCUAGUACAUCCAAAUUCCAUGUUUUUUACUACAACAAUUUAAGAAAUUUGUCUAUGUUUUUGUCCACAGCGAUUUUACAAGAAAGCUGCUGCAUUUGUGCUGAGGGCUGUAGCGAAGCAUUCUCCUCAGCUGGCACAGGUAUGAAGGAAAGCAAAAUAGAGACAUUUUUAAGCUACCACACAAAAUGUGUGUACAUACCAACUAGUGUACAUGUAUGUAGAUUUCAGGUUAUGUGCUAAAUGUAGAACUUGCAAGGCUUAGUUACAUUGUACAUGUACACUGAACUAAAACAAUACAGAUGUAUUUCACAUGAUCAUUGUGAUAAUGUUGAGGUUAGGUGCAAUUAGUCUUUGAUAAGGAAAUUUCAUGUAGUAUGAUAUUUUGGAUGAAAUGUAAAUUAAAAAAGAUGGUGAAUGUGCAGCUUUGUGUCCAAAAUGAUUCAAGGAUCUGACUGCCUCUUACAGGCUGUGGUAGACUGUGGUGCUCUGGAGGCUCUUGUCAUCUGCUUGGAGGAGUUUGACCCAGGGGUCAAAGAAGCAGCAGCGUGGGCCCUUGGAUAUAUUGCAAGACACAAUGCAGGUAAAUAACCAGCAAUGAAAUACUAUCAGUUUCCAUUUAACAGUUUCUUCCUUUCAAUUCUGAUCACAAGUUCCUUGAUUUUAAUACCAACACUUAAGUCUCUAACAUUUUUUUUUCAGAGCUCUCCCAGGCAGUUGUUGAUGCAGGAGCUGUCCCUCUGCUAGUCCUCUGCAUUCAAGAACCUGAAAUGCCUCUCAAGAGAAUCGCUGCAUCAGCAUUGAGUGACAUUUGUAAACAUUCGCCCGAGGUGAGCAGUACACUGUGGGCAUGACCACUGAUUUCUCAACAAAAUAGUAGUGCUUGAUUAAAAUUGUUUUGUUAAACCUUAUUUGGGUUUCCUUUAAGUGGGAGCUGUAGUGUUUACCCUUUACACCCUAACAUCAGUCGACAUAUUCUCCAUACUGUUCUCAAUACAUUUCCAAAGGUGCUGACAAGGAGAAUUUGUUUAACAAUCAAGAGCUUCUAUUGUUGAUCAUUUCCUUUUUUCUCUUGACCUCUAUGUGUGAUUUUGGGGGUGAUAUUGUAAGGAGAAAUUCAAUGCUAGUCACUUGGAGGGGUUAAAGGGUUAAUCUAUAUAAAAGCCAAUUUACUCUUUUCCAUAGUUGGCCCAAACAGUGGUAGAUGCAGGAGCUAUUGCUCACCUUGCGCAGAUGAUUCUUAAUCCUGAUUCAAAACUUAAGGUAAGUCUUGGUGAUGACUGAUAAAAGUUUCACUGUUUGUUCAACUCUUUGCAUAAUUCUAAUGAUGCUUUUAACACAAAUGUAAUCAAAGAAGACAAUAGUUUUAUUAGAUUUUUUAACCUGAUUCUGAAGGUGGACUGUAACUAAUCUUUGACCAUUAAUAUUAGCACCUGUGGUCAAUUUUUGCAACUGCCUAGUACCUUCACACCUCACUUUGUUUUUUAAUAUGUGAUACAUUUUUAAUGUACUGUAAGUUUUAAUUAAUUCUUUUUCAAAGUGGAAUAUAAUAGGUUGAUAUCUAUUUUACUUUCUACAGCGUCACAUAUUCUCUGCAUUAAGCCAAAUUGCCAAACACUCUGUUGACCUGGCUGAGAUGGUUGUUGAGGCUGAGAUAUUUCCAGCUGUUUUAGCCCGCCUUAAAGGUAAAGCACAUUUAAAUUCUGACUUCCUGAGCAAUAUUCUGGUCAGCCUUAAUUAAUCUACGGUUAAGCUAUUAAGAAUAAUCCUCUGGAUACAAUUUUCUUGAUAGCUUUAAAACUCUAUUAAAUUGUCAAAUGCCAUUGAAUGGAAAAGUUGAUUUAUUUGCAACAUUGCUGUCAAAGGAAAAAGGAUUUUUAAGCCAUUAAGUAGGAAGGUUAUCUACAUUUGACCUAGCAAUUAGUCCCAUGCCCGCUGUAGCUGACAUGUAAAUUUAUAUAGCUGUAUUUAUCAUGCUAUUUAGUAAACCGAAUAAUAAUUUAUCACUGGUUGUCAUGGAUUUGAUCUUUUUCACUUUAAUUUAUUUUCUCUCGAGGGCUAUAUUUUCACUCUCUUUAAACCUGAGAGUGAUCCAGUGUAAACUUUUGGAUCACUACCAUUUGAUUUUAAGGUUUUCAUGAUACUAAUAAUUGUCUUUGUUUUUGUAUGUUUUAGAUGAAGAUGAGUAUGUGAAAAAGAAUGUGGCAACAUUAAUAAGAGAAAUUGCUAAGCACACUCCAGAGGUAUGAUAAAUCAUAAAUCAAGUUACUUCAUUUGUUUAGUUGAUAUAUUAUCAAACACCAGCACUUAAAAUCUGGCUGGAGUAACUGGUUUUGAACUGUUUGAAAUCAUGUUGUUCCUUAUUUUCUCAGCUUGCCCAGUUGAUAACAAAUGCCGGAGGAGUUGGAGCUGUGGUUGAUUUCAUUAAAGAAUCAAGGGGAAAUGUGCGACUACCUGGAAUCAUGAUGUUAGGAUAUGUUGCUGCCCACUCAGAAACACUUGCAAUGUCUGUUAUUGUUUCAAAGGUACAUGUCAAGUUAGUUUACAUAUUAAGUAUUUUAAUAAUUUUAGUGUCUGAUAAAUUCAAAUGAUGUUACUGGUCCUAAUAAUGGAUGAUAAAGUGAUGAUGAUUAUAAGCAGAUGGCUUUCCUCACAAAUUACUUUUCAAAACCUCACUAAUUCUUUGUAGAUAAAUCAAUCAAAUCCUGUGCAGGGCUGGAGAGCACUGCUUGAUAAAGAAAUUGUCCUUGGCUAUCCCCAAACAACUGGAGCUUGUAGAAUUAAGUUGAAAUAGUUUUGUAAUUGUUCUUGUUGCAGGGAGUGACUGUGUUAGCUGGCAUUCUCUCUAGAAGUGAGCAUAAUCACAUCAUGCAGCAGGUAUUUUGAGCUUCAUGUAUUAUAAAUGUGGUACUGAUUGAUACUUACAAAUUCCUAAUGUAUUUUUCUACAAUGGAAAAGAGAUUAAGAGAGGUGUGUUUCUAAUCCAGAAAAAAAAUUUAUAACUAUAAACUGCUUGAUUUCUAAUGUUUUCCUGUUUACACCCGGUGAAAAUGUCAGGUUUAAGAAACAUACAGUCAAAUCAACCCUUCACACCCAAACUUCAUGAUCAGCAUGCAUAUUCUCCAUACUGCUCUCUCUACAUUUGCUAAGGUGCAGAUACGGAGAAUUUGUUUCACAAUCAAGAGUUUUUCUAGUUGGUGAUCAUUUCCAAUUAUUUUCAUGACCUUAAUGUUUGAUUUAGGGGUGAUAGUGUAAGGAAAAAUUAGAUGCUAACCAUUCUUAGGAGUUAAAGGGGUAAUCAGCUGAUAAACCCUGCUGUGGUUGACGCUAUCGUACAUUGUACAUGUGUGCUUUAAUGAAGUCUCUUUCUCUUACAAAUGUAGCGAUCUACCGAACUAGGAAGGAAUGAAGAAGAUCACAUACAGGUAAGGGAUGUUUUAAAAAGUUUUCUAGUUAGUUUUUGAAGUGUAAAAGGAAAGUAUUUUAGGUUUAAUUAUAUUUCACAACUCUCGUACCUUUCUCAUACCUGCCUUGCUUGGGAACACAACACAUGGCCACAAUACCUAGCCAGAACUCCUCGAUCAUUAAUCCACUUUAUCUCACACAUAUUGUUUCCCCCAGUUACUUGACCAUUUUUGCUGAAUGAGCAAAGUUUCUUCAAACCAAACCCCUUAAUUUCGUUUCACAAUAGGCUGCUACAGCAUGGGCCCUGGGUCAGAUUGGAAGACAUACACCAGAACACGCUAAGGCAGUGGCAGUCACUAAUGUCUUGAAGUCCCUGUUGGAUUGUUACCAGGACUCUUCUAGCUCAGAGGACCUGCAAGCUAAGGUAAAGAUCUGCAGUUUAUGGCAAGCAUUGUGAAGGCAGCUUCCGUUUUGUUCAGGCGCUGGUAGGAAAUGAUAUUUAUGGCGUCUUCUUGUUCCGUCUCGUUUUGGUAACAGGGAUGCCUUACUUGGCAAUCCUUCUCGUUCUUUACCAACCCGGUGAUCAUAGAAACCUUUUUUGGUCGUUUUUCAGAAUGCGGCGUUAUGUCAAAACAAUAUUCUUUAGUUGAAAAUUCUCCUUACUUGCCCACGACACAUUGUAUGGAAAUGGGAUGGAUGAUCUUUACGCUGGUCACUCUGGGCAAUGAAGGGGUUAAAAUAGGCUUGAUAUAGUCAAGAUAUUAGUGCGAAUUUCCUUGGAAUUGAUGUUUAAUGAUUUAGGGCGAGCUCUAAUUUGCGCUGUACGGCUAUUGGCGAAUAAUCUCACAAGGAAAUUAAACUUUUGCUAGUAAAGAGUGAAGGCUUCCUUGUAACUUUGAUAUUGGGUUAACUCUUUCUGAAAAACAGGUUUUAAAAAUCUAUUACAGUAGUCAUUGCACCUAUACGAACUUCAUAAUAAUGAUUGAGUCAAGAGUACCUGCAGUCAUUGUCAGCUACAGCAAGCCUGCGCAGCUGACGGUUUUAAGGCGCAUUCCUUUUACUUGGCGGCAGAUUUGCGAAAGCGUCCUAUUGCAUACCCCUCGCGGCUUCGCCGCUCUUCUUCGACGCCAAUCCGCUGAUUGACGCCUCAAAGCACAUGCAAAACCGCGACAGGAUACAUUUUACCACUUUAUUUUGUUAAUUUACAGUUAAUAUACUUGUUCCGUUUAUUCUUUACGCCAUUUCUGAAUGAUGUCUUGUCUUUUCCUACUCUCCAGUCCAAGAAAGCACUGACCAACAUCCUACAGAAGUGUGUCCAUCUGCCAGCGCUAGAACCUCUGCUGAAAGACGCACCGCCAAACAUCUUGAAGCACGUCGUAAGUCAGUUUGCUAAAGUUCUCCCGCACGAUGUGGCGGCACGUCGGCUGUUUGUGACGAGUGGAAGUUUGAGGAAAAUCCAAGAGAUCAAUGCAGAGGGGAACACAGCACUCAGUGAACACAUCAAUACCAUCAACAACUGUUAUCCUGAGGAAAUCGUCAAGUGAGCAAAACAAAAGAUUGUUUUGUACAAAUUGCUUUUAAGUUGCUUAAGGGCAAUUCUUGUCCUUCCAUUAGAGCAGUUUUUGAUUAAGUGCCGUAAAUCCAAAACCAAUGAAAUCGCAACGACUUAUCAGAAGAAAGGAAAAUACCAUUUGGAGCCAAGAGAACUCAAAGUGAAAACACCCAAACUUCCUAAGGCGCGGGUAAACGCGCCGGCUACCAAGUCUUGUUUGGGUUUAGUUUUGCAUCUGAUUGGAUGGGAAAGUAGCGCGAGUUUUCUGGACCAAUCACAGAGCAAAGUAAAGCGAAACCAAAGCAAUCCCAGAUUACUUUCGAAAAUUGAAAAUUGCUCUCAAGGAAAAACUUAUAUCCUCCUAAUUUUACUCCGUACUGUAACUAGCUGAAUCGUGUAGCGUAGCAUGAAGUCUCUUUAAAAUUCUUGACGCUUUAAAACAGGACAUAAGAACAAACGCAGCGAGAGGUUUGGUCACAUUUUUGGCCAAACUUUGGCGUGUUUGUGCGUUGCCCUGUCAUUCUCGUUUUUUAUUUAGAAGCUGUUAAAUAUGUGAUGUAUGUUGUCAUGUGUUGUCACUUUACACUGUUUUUGGUUUUUCGUUUCAGAUUCUACUCUCCUGGUUACCCCGACAAACUGCUUGAAAGAAUUGGUCAAUGUCAAUCUUAAUAAGUUUUUUUUUUUUCGAACAUGGUGUCAUCACCUUGGAUCCAAGAGUACAAGAUGUUUUCUUUUCUAAUUUGUUCCCUUAGACCAGAGAAUCGUAUACCGAUAUUUCCAAUUUUCUACAAGGUUGUUGGACUUUGAUUUCGAAAAAGAGGCUAUUUUUGGUGAGGAAAACUUGAACCGAUGUUUCAGGGACUCCAGCCAGUUAAGAAUUAAAUAAAAGUAUAUUUACCUCCAGCAUGUUCUUACACUUUCGAGUAACACACUUGAAGCAUGUAAAUAUCUAAAAAAAAAUUAGGUUUCCAUUUCUUGUAACGUAAUGGACAGUAAAGUUUUAUUAUAUGUUGUGUGAAUGCUGAACUUUGUG